AUGCCUCGCGCACCCCCGCCAGGCUUCUACGUCCUCUCCGCAAUCGCCCUCUUCAUCUGGUUCAUCAUAUGGACACGCGAUCAUGCAACUAACCAACCCAUGAGAGGAUUGAACUCAAUCAGUGACCCUCUCAAGCUUAACAAUCAAAGGCCUGAUUCCACAGUAGUGGCUGCUGAACCUCUGAUCGAGACGGCCUCAUCAACCUCACCGACCUCAGCAGAUGUGCAUGGCGCUGCCAUCGCCCCCAAGUUAGGCAACGAGACUGCUAAGGCGGAAUUGGGUCGAGCAGCCUGGAAACUGUUUCAUACAACUAUGGCUCGCUUUCCAGAAAACCCUACAACCGAAGAGUCUGCCGCCCUGAAGGAUUAUAUUCACCUUUUCGCGCGAUUGUACCCUUGUGGCGAGUGCGCAAGCCAUUUCCAGCAAAUCUUGAAGAAAUACCCACCUCAAGUGGGAUCGAGAAACGCUGCGGCACAAUGGGCGUGUUUCGUGCACAACGAAGUCAAUGUAAGCAAGGGAAAGGAGAUAUUUGACUGCAAGGAUAUUGGUGACUGGUACAAUUGUGGCUGCGCAGAAGAAGGAGAAGACGACAAGAAGGAUACUUUGAAAGACCACGAAGACCUGAAGGUAGAGAUUGAAAGAGAAGGAUUGAUGAAUGGUGGUUGA